GGCGGUGAUGGGAGCAUCGGCCUGGUUCCUUCGGAGGGGAGAAGCAGGACGGGGGUGGAUGGUGGCCUCUGCGGACAAGGGUUUGUUACCCAGAAAGGCGCUGGGUUUAAGUAACUCUGGGUACGUGCUAAGUUCCCGUAAAGGACACAGUUAAACACACCUUUGUUGUGCUGAUAAUGGAUGAAGAGAGUCUGGAAGCAGCAAUUCAGACCUACAAUGCCCAACUGCAGCAGGUGGAGCUGGCGCUGGGAGCCGGCCUGGACCCGUCCCAGCAGUCGGACUUGAUUCAGUUGCAGGAGGAUUUAAAGCAGCUGAUAGAACUGACCGAGUCCAGCCUGGUGUCUGUCAAAAAGAGCAAACUUCUGGCGACUCUGGAUACAAACGCUGCCUCCUCCUCCACCCCAGGAGGUCCCCUGGAGCAGGGCACCGACCCAGAGACGUCUGCCCAAGAUGAGGAGUAUGCUGCCUUUAAAGAAGCCAUUGCUGAGAUUGGAAGUGAUGCGAAGCCUUCAGCUGAUAACGGUGAGAUGUCAGCAAAGAGGGAUGAGGAAACUGAUGGCAGAAACGAAUCAAAACACAGUGAAGAGGAGAAGGAGUCUGACAGAGAGGAAGAGGAGGAGGAGGGAUUGAGUGGGAUGAAGGUUAAAGCUCCCUACUACAGCUCCUGGGGGACGCUGGAGUACCACAAUGCCAUGAUUGUGGGGACAGAGGAGUUGGAAGAUGGCAGUGCAGGGGUGCGAGUGCUCUACCUGUACCCAACCCACAAGUCCCUGAAGCCCUGUCCCUUCUUCCUGGAUGACAAGUGCAGAUUCAAAGAGAACUGUCGGUUUUCCCAUGGGCAGGUGGUCUCUGUGGAGGAGCUUCAGCCCUUCCAGGAGCCCAACCUGAGCACGCUGGAGGUGGGCUCCUCCUGCCUGGCGAAGCACAGUGAUGGGAUAUGGUACGCAGCAAAGAUAACUGACAUCGACAGUGGUUACUACACGGUGAAGUUUGAUUCUCUGCUGCUCAAGGAAGCUGUUGUGGAAGGAGACAGUGUCAUUCCCCCACUGCGAAGUGAAGAGGCUGCCGAGUCUGACGAAGACAGUGUUGAUGAUUCUGGUUAUGCUAAAGUGAUAGAUUCAAGAGUUCCAGAGAAUGGGGAAUGGUCUCCUGCAUGCAGCUCAUCCUUCGGUGGCUGGGAAGCUCAUACUCGUGGUAUCGGCUCCAAACUGCUUGUUCAGAUGGGAUACGAGUUUGGGAAAGGGUUAGGGAAGAACUCUCAGGGCCGAGUGGAGCCAGUGCAGGCCGUGGUGCUGCCUCGAGGGAAGUCCCUUGACCAGUGUGCGGAGGUGCUCCAGAGGAGGAAGCAGGGGAAGCUGGACCCAGGCAAAUCCAGGAAGUGCCAAGCCAAGGGAAGCAGCCGGAAGCCUUCCCACAACGUGUUUGACUUCCUGAAUGAGAAGCUGCGAGGGAAGAGCUCGGGGGAGAAGGCUGGAGGGAUGGCAGUGCCCAGGAGGACCAGCAAAGAGAUCUACCACGCCAGCAAGAGCACCAGGAAAGAACUGAGUGUCCGCCUCCUCCAGACAGUGGAGAAGAUCGAGCAAACACAGAGGGAUAUCAUAGGAAUCCAGCAGGCCCUGGAGCGCAACAUUGGGCGGCACAGUGUUGCUACAGCUCAGCUGAAGGAGAAGCUGGCUAAUGCCCACAAACAGCUGGGGCAGCUGCAGGCCCAGGAAGCCAGUCUGCAGCAGGAGCAGAAGAAAGCAGACACACACAAGAAGAUGACUCAGUUCUAGUCUCUCAGAGAGGUGUUUGGCUGCAGUGAUUGUCCUUCCAGCCAGCCCUGGUGCUCACAGCCUCAGAGCCUGGGGGAGCCUUCCUGCUCCUCCGGGUCUCAGGCUGCCCAGCCUGGAAAAUGGGCUGAAAAGCAGUCAUUCCUAUACCCAGAUGGCUCUGAGCAUUGCUGGGAAGGUGAGGAGCACGCAUCCUGGAAGCAGUCAGUGGGCCUGAGCCACAGGAAACAGGAUUCUCUGCUCUCUUUGCACACUUCUUCCCUUUGCUAUCACUACAGAGUCUGUAGCUCCUCUGAUGGUAACGUUGCUGGCUACACAGCAGCUGAGGAGGGGCUUUGAAAGCCCCACAUCCUGCGUCAACUGUGGCUUGUGUCGGCAGCCAACUGACAAACACAGAGCAGAGGCAGGGUCCCAAAGCAGAGCAGGGUGAAAACAACAAAGGCCAAUGGCUUCAGCUGCUCUCUGCCUUGCAGGUUUUGCCAUGGGGUUCAGCGGAGAGCACAGUUUUGGGGGGAGCAGCUCCUCGUAGCCUCAGUGUAAUGAGCAGACAGAAAACUGGCAGCUUGGAGGUGGGCUCUCGUUGCCUCAAGCUUCAGGUUUCAUCUGUUUGGGUGUAAGAGUAUCCCAGGACAUGCUGUAGCCUCUUUGACUUGGCAUGGUGCUUCCACAAAUGGAGUGCCAAAGCUGGCGGGGAUAAGAGGAGAGUAACAGAGCUUCAAACCUCCCAGGUUCUGUCCCAGGUGGCUCGCUGGACACAGGUCCUCUUCUUAAGCCCCCUCAGGGCCCGGAUCCAGCCCCUGGCUGAGCCCUGAGAUGGGUCUGUGCAGUGCAGCCCUGUGUGUGGCAGAGCUUCAGGCCGGGCUGGAGGCAGGUAGAGCAAGCAAAGUGCCCUUCCCUGCAGCGUGGACAGGCUGGACCUGAAGGGUGUCUUCCCCCAGGUUAUGUUGUGCAUUGGUGGCAGCCAGUCCUUGCCCCAGAGGAGAUGAUGGCUUCAUCAGGCUGUUUCUUGUGGGCCUGGUGCAGUGGAAUUGUUUUUAGAAGAAAUAAAUGUUUCCAAUUUCAUGCCAGUAUCUUAAGGAUCAUUUUGUUCCUUCAUUUAAGGAAUCAAUUUCCUUUUAUUCCGUGAGUCAUUUCUCUGAUGGGAGCUUUUGCUCCUUUGGUACCACCUUUUCUGCCUGUUGUCAAGGUGUCAGCUUGGCCAGGGCUGCACCAGCCAGCUGCCAAACUCACCAGGAAGGCUGAGGCUGAAGGAGAAGGGAUCGGAGUUGUGGGACUCAGCAUUGCUGCAGACACCCCUCGGGAAACACGGCGACAGCAGAAGUGAACAAGAGGAGCAUCUUCAGGGAGCCUCUGAGUGACUUUUUCCUCCUGGCAUGCUCUUGGAUCCUGCUGUGAUGGACUCUGCUGAUGGGAAAGGUGCUGUGGGCUGCCCUGAGUCAUCAGCAUCAGUCUGUUUCUCGCUGUAUUAUCUUCAUUGUGUUGAAUUUGGGUUCUCUGCACUGGGCUUAACUCAAGGGUUUAACAAGGGUUGCUCAGUGCCCUUCCUUUACAAGUGACUGUUUCCCACACUUGAGUGGUAUGAAUGUGCCUGGCUUAGCAUGAGUGCGCACUGAGGCAGCGCUGAUGGGCUGAGCUGGGCAGAGAAACACCUUGGGCUUGUUUUGUGCUCUGACACUAUUUAACAUCAUCACCUCUUCCAGAACCAUCAGCCCUGUGUCUUGGCCGAGUCGUGGUUUGACCCUGCCUUGGGAUUUCCACAGCCUUCCUUACCAGAGUCCUGUUGGAAGGGCUGCUGCCUCCCUCCCAAGGCAGUUCCCAUCCCUGGUGAAUAAAGUUGGGGUUUAUUU